AUGCUGUCGAGGCCCAUCAGCAACCUCACGAGAAACCUCCAGGGCCAAGGCUACGACGAGCCCGGCUCGCAACCGGGGCUGCUCCCGCUGCCAAGCCACAUCGCCCAGCCGCUGCUGGUGCCGACACGGCUGUAUUUGGACCACCCGCAAUUCGAGCCCCAGCCGGUCGAGCGCCUCUCCCACUACCAUAGCAUGUAUAACCUGGUGAGUCUGGUCCCGCGACCACAGCCGCCGCCGCUGUUUUCCAUCCCCAUCCCUAUACCGACGACGACGGUGCUGUUUGACUCGGCGCUGUCGCUCCCGGUGAAUUUGUCCGAGUGGCGGCCGGCGCUGGUCUCCAAUUCGGUGACGCUGGCAGCGCUGAGACCGCCCGAAGUGCCCCAAGUGCCUUCAGUACCCCUGGCACCGCUGGCGCCGUCAGCGCCGGCGCCGCCGCAGUCACGCCUGGUGGCGCUGGCGCCCGACCACUACAUGAACUACGCCGAGUUCCUCGAAAACCUCAGCCACGACGGCGAAGACCACCUCAACAUCGUCGGGUUCCCCGUGAACGAUUUAAUCCUCAUGCUCUCGUGUCUUUUGAGCAAGAUCAUCGACGCCAACGACAAGUUGCACCCGAACCACUUCGACAACACCAUCGCCGUGCGCCAGCGGCUAAAAGAGGAGCGCCGCCGCAAGCGCCGCCACUCGCUGGAAGUCCACGUACAACAGGUCGCGUCAAACCGACUACGGGACGUCGACGUGCGCGUCGAAGAGCGUCCGCUGGACGACGAGGACGACGAUGACGAUUACGACGGCGACCACGACGAUGAGAUGAAGAAUAAGUACUUGGCCAACGUGCUUGCGUUUCAUGGCACUAAUGUCCCCGGAAUCUCGCUCCAGGCGUACUUGGCGCGGGUGCUCAAAUACUGUCCCGUGACCAACGAAGUGUUUCUCUCGCUCCUUGUCUACUUUGACCGCAUCGCCAAGAAGGCUAACAACUUCAAACGCAAGGACGAAGACCACCAGUUGUUCGUGAUGGACCUGUAUAAUAUCCACCGGCUCAUCAUUCUGGGGAUCACGGUGCUGCUGAAGUUUUUCUCCGACAUCUUCUACAAGAACCUCCGCUACGCCAAGGUCGGCGGGUUGCCCUUGGAGGAGCUCAACUACCUCGAGCUCCAGUUCUUGCUCUUGCUCGACUUCAAGCUCAUGAUCUCUGUCGAAGACUUGCAAAACUACGCCGACUUGUUGCUCCGCUUCUGGAAACGCGAACAGUUGGCCCACGACCUCAAAGAGUGA